CCUGAUACACCCCACAAUUGCAGUAUCGUCAGAGAACUUAUAUAAACUGAAAGAUGAAUUUGUGUCAUGUGAAGCAAUACUCACUAUUUCAGUCUCAGAAAUCACAAUGAGUGCAAGUUUCUAUUUCUCCAUCAAGGGUGGACACAUCCUUUAUCCAUUGAAUGACAAAAGUGCAAGGGAGGUAGCCUGGGUGCCAGCCGAAUUUAGCCCCACCCACAACAUUUGAGGUUCUGCCUAAAAUCUGAGUAUGACGCGUCAAAAGCUACAAGGGAGGCCUAAUCAAAUUAUUAUCUGGUUGAACAAAAUUCUCUUCAGUUUCAGCCAAACCUACGUUUUGGCUGAAACCUGGAAUUUUUUAUUUUCUGGUUGCUAAUCACACUAUUUUAACAUGUUUUGAGAGGGACAGGCCCAUCUUUUUUCUGACGCACCUCACGUUACCCCAUGCAUUAAACCUAUGUCACUGCUUGAAUAAAUGAAAAACAUAGCCUACUGAACAUGGGCAUCGUCAUAGUUCACGAUGACAAUGAAAACGUUUAGCCUACUUGGUUUCUGACAGAAAUUACGUUUUGUGCUAACAUAUUGUAGAAACACAACCACGGCCUUUAUUUGGUGAACGGAGGUGCAAAUCAUCUCCUUUACUUUCUUUGGUUAUUAUAGUCUCGAUUCACUUUAACCACAAAACGUUUGGCCGUCGUCACAUUUACAAAUAUGCAAUUUACCUUCGCUAUCAGUGAUACUUUUUGCUACGAUGUGGCUAUGUUUGCCACAUUAUUUCCAAGAGGCCUUUAGACGGGCUAAUUUCUGACUUCACUAGACUAUAAUUGCAUUUGUUUAUGUUGUAAGACGUGAAGAAAUGAAGGACAUCGGCAAUAGCCAGGCUACUAUAUAGAAAUACUUUGAGUCGGAUCUGCUCCACCUUUCCACCAAGUUUUGCGGAAAUUGUGCCCGUGUUUUUUUGCGAUAUUGUUGACAGAAACUAUUUGUGUGGUGCAACCUGUUAAAUAUUAGUAGGCUAGUACAUAAACUCCAACGUGGCAAUUUAGGUUGAAACUAAACUAUGGCACUUACGUUCAGCUUAUGUACUAAUGUAAUGAAUUGUAAUGUAGCCUAACUUGUUCAAUGGGCUGAGGUGCAGUGGCUGCAGGACUAAAGCAAGCGAGAGAUGCAAGAAUGGAGAACAGCUCAUGUGCUUGCUAGAGAUUAGGCCUACAUUUUUUUUAAAGGGCCAGUAGAAAUGACCUCGCGGGCCGCCAAUUGAAGAGCCCUGGCCUAGUUGAUCCAACAAAAAGCAUCAAUUGCUUUGUAGGCUAAUAGGGCAAUAAUUUAUCACAAUAACAACGCGUUUAUUCCAUAUAGCCUAUUAUUUAUAUCACAAAUAGUCUUCUUUAUCAUGCUAUUAAGAAUGUGUUUGGAUGUUGUUGGAAUGGUUGCAUUAUAAACACAUAACGUUAGGCUCCUGUCUCGACGGCCUAUAAUCCCAGUUCACGCUCCCGGCUAAACAACUGAAAGCUUGGUGAAUUGAGUUUCACGAGGACAUUGCUGGGACAGUCUUGCCCAUAGACUGUAUAUAGAACUAUAUCUAUGGUCUUGCCUAUUAGACCAAUAUUUACAGGCCAUGUUGGGCUACUUUUCUAUCCAAACAGGCGAACUGUGGUUUAUAUUGCUGGAGAUAUAGCUGUAAGGUGUUUCGUAGUAGUUGUUUUUUUUAACGUUUUACAAUAAGGCUACUGAACCGAAAGCCAUUUUCAUUGCACGUCUUGCACCACCGGCUUCACCGUAUCGGUACGGUAGCGCCUACUGUGACAUCACGGUCGCUUCCUGCUUUAUAUCUUCCUGAAGUAGAUGCUGGUAGCUACGGAAAGCCAUGGAUUAGGGUCUAUGUUUAUGUUCCUUUGAAUUUGAUUAAGGUUGGCUUGUUUCCAGGAGACUGAAUAUACGUGAACGACAGAAAGAUAAAAUCACAAACGGAUGGAGAAUGAUGCCAGAGGGAGUGCAGUUUGACCCAUUGGUUGGCUCUGUCACCAUGUACCAGCCCAGAACCUGAUGCCCAUGCUCGCCACAUUUGUUGCCAUGGAUGCAGAGGACUACCUGCUCCCAGAAGACUCUCUGGACAGCCCAGAAUAUGGCACUCCCAGCUCUCCUCUGGCGUCCUCCAUGGAGAGUCCAAUAUUUCCCUCAAACUCUUGGGGAUUGUCCCAGCAGACUGCAUAUAGUCAGCAGUUCCCUAUGCAAUCUGAGAGGCAGUACAGCUCAACCUCUUCAACUGUGACGCCAAUGGAUGUGUUCAACUCGGCACCCUUCCAUGAUGAUUUUGACCUGACCAGGAAUGAUUUUCCUCAGGAACUCAUUGAUGAACUCUCCAACAACUCCUUGUUCUCCUCUCCACGUGACUCGCUGUCAGACUAUGGCGCAGACAGCUUGCCACACACCUCCACUGCCAUGGUGGCCUGGGGCAACAUCAACACGUCUGGCAUUAGCCAGAGAGAGAGCCUGAGCAGAACUCAUGACUUGAGUAGUCUGGACGACCUGUCAGCCAUCAUCAACACACCACCACUGGGAGGAUUCCAGCCCUCUGCUCCAGUUCCACCACCUGCAGAGGAAGAGGAGGAGGCCGAUGAAGAGGAAACAGAGGAGCUGGGCCAUGUGGACACAUACGCUGAAUACAAACCAUCCAAAUCCACCAUUGGCAUUUCCCACCCGGACUUUGUUGUGGAGACCAACACCCUGUCCAGCGUGCCCCCACCCGACGUCACCUACACCCUCUCCAUCCCCGCGAGCGCCAUCAACACUGGCAUGCUGUCUGCCCUGCAGUUGGAGGCCAUCAUCUACGCCUGCCAGCAACACGAGGUGAUUCUACAGAAUGGACAGCGAGCGGGCUUCCUGAUUGGAGAUGGGGCAGGAGUGGGAAAAGGCAGAACCGUGGCCGGCAUCAUCUUGGAGAACUACCUGAAGGGCCGCAAGAAAUCCCUCUGGUUCAGUGUUUCCAAUGACCUGAAGUAUGAUGCGGAGAGAGAUCUCAAAGACAUUGAUGCGUCCAGUUUACCCGUUCAUGCUUUAAAUAAGAUAAAGUAUGGAGACACAGCUACCUCAGAGGGGGUGCUGUUCGCCACAUACUCUGCUCUGAUUGGUGAGAGUCAGGCAGGCGGGCAGCACCGCACCAGACUCAAGCAGAUCCUGGACUGGUGCAAACCCAACUUCGAUGGAGUUAUUGUUUUUGAUGAAUGCCACAAAGCCAAAAAUGCAACAUCCACUAAAAUGGGCAAGGCUGUACUGGACCUCCAGAGCAAGCUGCCCAAGGCGAGGGUGGUGUACGCCAGUGCCACAGGUGCCUCUGAGCCAAAGAACAUGAUCUACAUGAGCCGUCUAGGGAUCUGGGGGGAGGGCACGCCCUUCAAGACCUUCGAAGACUUUCUGCAUGCCAUCGAGAAAAGGGGUGUGGGAGCCAUGGAGAUAGUUGCCAUGGACAUGAAGGUCAGCGGCAUGUACAUAGCGCGGCAGCUGAGCUUUGCGGGUGUGUCGUUCCGCAUCGAGGAGAUCGCCCUGGACAGCGAGUUCAAGCUGAUGUACAACAAAGCAGCCAGACUGUGGGCGGAGGCCUUGGCCUUGUUCCUGGGGGCGGCCAACACGUUGGGUCUGGUGUCCAGGAAGUCCCUGUGGGGACAGUUCUGGUCCUCGCACCAGCGCUUCUUCAAAUACCUCUGCAUCUCAGCCAAAGUGCGCCGGCUAGUGGAGCUGGCCAAGACGGAGCUCGAGCAAGGCAAGUGCAUUGUGAUUGGUCUUCAGUCCACGGGUGAGGCUCGCACCAGAGAGGUGCUGGACGAGAAUGAUGGGCAUUUGGACCGCUUUGUCUCUGCCGCUGAGGGUGUGUUCCAGUCGCUGGUGCAGAAGCACUUCCCCCUGGAGAAGCCCAAGAGAGACAAGCCUGCUGGGAACAAGAGGAAACGGAAGCCCCGUGGCAGGCCCCCCAAGUACCCAAAGCACAGUAAAGACAUGGUCGGCGAGGUGAUCAGCAUAAGCGACAGCAGCAGCUGCGAGUCGGACGGAAUGGAGAGCGACUCCAACUCUUCGCCCGAGUCCCCACAGGACAACGAUGACGUCAUCUUUGUCAACCACAUCAAUGGUCACACAGCCAAACUGGAGGAACUGAAGCAGGCUCUGCUCAGCAAGAUUUCUGCUUUGGGAAAGGAGCUACCCCUCAAUACCUUGGAUGAGCUGAUUGACCGCUUCGGAGGACCUGAGAUGGUGGCUGAGAUGACUGGGCGUAAGGGUCGUGUGGUUCGUCGACCUGAUGGCAGUGUGCGCUAUGAAUCACGUGCAGAGCAAGGCCUCACCAUCGAUCAUGUCAACAUGCGAGAGAAGGAGCGCUUCAUGAAUGGAGAAAAGUUGGUGGCCAUCAUCUCAGAAGCAGCGAGCUCCGGCAUCUCCCUGCAGGCGGACAAGCGAGUGAAGAACAAACUCAGGAGGGUCCACAUGACCCUGGAGCUGCCCUGGAGUGCCGACCGAGCCAUCCAGCAGUUUGGCCGCACUCAUCGUUCCAACCAGGUGACUGCGCCCGAGUACAUCUUCCUCAUCUCAGAGCUGGCAGGAGAGAGGCGCUUUGCAUCAAUCGUGGCGAAGAGACUGGAGAGCCUGGGCGCUCUGACACACGGAGACCGACGCGCCACCGAGUCCAGAGACCUGAGCAAGUUUAACUUUGAGAACAAGUAUGGAAACAAAGCUCUGGAUAAGAUCACCAAAGCCAUUCUUGGCCACAUCAAAAACACUGUCCCAGCACCCAAGGACUACCCUGGCGGUGAUGGUGUUUUCUUCAGAAACAUGAAGCAGUGCAUGAUUGAUGUGGGAAUCCUGGCCAGCAAUCCUCGUUUCGUCAUCAAUGCUGAGAAAGACUGCACCAUCACCAAGUUCCUGAACCGCAUCCUGGGCCUGGAGGUCCACCAGCAAAACUACCUGUUCCAGUACUUCACUGACAACUUUGAGCACCUCAUUGAGAAAGACAAGAAAGAAGGCAAAUAUGACAUGGGCAUCCUAGAUCUGGCUCCAGGGAACGAUGAGAUCCGUGAGGAGACCCAGGAGCGCUUCCUGACCGCAGGGAACCCGCAGGAGGGACAGGUCAUACUGUACAAGAUCAGUGUAGAUCGAGGUAUGCCAUGGGAGGAGGCAUUCAGUAAGGCCAAUACACUCACUGGAGAAGAUGAGGGCUUCUACCUCUCUCACAAGCUGCGGGGAAGCAUGCCAUGUGUACUGUUAGCAGAACAGGGGCGCGGGAGAAACCUCAUAGUCUUCAAGCCCAACAUUGGCAAGCAGGCUCACCCGGAGAGCUUGGACAACCUGCAGCUCCGCUACCGCAAGGUGACUCCAGAGGAGGCAAAGGAUUGCUGGGAAAAUCAGUUUGAGUUCUCUCUGCAGAAGUGCAGCCAUGCCCACUGGAAGGGCAAGUGUAAACAGAAGGAGCUGGGUCAUGAGUGCUGGCUGGGCAUGCGUCUAAGGCAAUACCACAUGCUCUGUGGUGCCCUGCUGCGUGUCUGGAAGCGCGUGGCCGACAUCGUUUCCGACAUCACCAACUCCAGCAUCCUGCAGAUUGUCCGACUGAAAACCAAGCACAACAGCAAGCAAGUGGGCAUCAAGAUCCCGGAGAACUGCGUUGGGCGCGUGCGCACCGAGCUCCUUCAGAUGGACGAGGAGGUGAAGCGCCAGCGGCAGGAGCGCGAGCACAGGGCCCAGGAGAAGCUGGCCACCGAGCAGCUCCUGCUCCGCCUGGCCAAGCUCCGCGCUGCCAACCCCAACGUCAACCUCCACAACCUGGCCGCCUUGUACCCCAGGGCUAGCGCUGUCGCCACCGCCUCCGCCACCGGUUCCCACCGACUCCUGCCGGCCCUGGUGAAGAAGGAGGUGGCAGAGGAUGAGGUGCUGGACCUGACCCUGAGCCCUUCGCCCUCGCCGGACAGCAGCACGGCCGAGGGGGGCGCAGACGCGGACCGCAGUCCCAGCCUGCCCGAGACGCUGAACCUGGAGGCGCUCAUCUCCCAGGAGAAGCAGCGGGAGAGGAGCAGCAGCGCCCACACACUCACCCUGCACGCACGCCAACUGCAGCAACAGCAACAGCAACAACACCAACAACACCAACACCAACAGCCGCCGCAGCAGCAGCAGCGCAGUCCUCUCCCGCCGCGCCUCCUGUCCCAGCAGAGGAGCCUGACGCCGGCGCAGGCCCAGCAGCGGCAGCAGCAGACCAGCCGCCUGCUCAUGGCCCACGCCAACCUGCACCAGCAGCUGCUGCAGCGGCCCGGGAGCCCGCUGACCAGCCACGGGCGCCCGGCCGGCACCGUGGGGCGAGGCCCCUACGCACAGUCGGCGCCGCGAGGCCCCCCGCAGACCCGGCAGCCCAGGCACACGGCCAACGCCGCCGCCGGCGCACACAAAAUGCAGCGCGCGAAUGAGAGCGCGCACAAGAUGCAGCCACUGCAGUCGGCGCCGCACACGGCUCUGUCACUGAGCGCACUCAAGCAGCAGAUCCGCACGGACACACACAACAUUCUACAGCAGCAGCGACAGCAGCAGCGGAGAGAGCUGCCUUACGCUCAGCAGGCCACAAACAGGCAGCUCCUCCCCAACACUCUGCAUGGCUCAAACACACACGCAAUGCACAUGGGCAACACACACACACAGCAGCAACAGCUGUUAAACACACAAGCAUCAAGUACCCGCUUGAUGCAACAGCAACAACAACAACGACAGCAGAUGAUCCACAACAGCCUGGGUCCGCAGCACAGCUCACACGCCCAGCCCCGAACUCUUGCUCAGACUCAGCCGCACGCCCAGGUGAACACGCAGGCGCUCUCUGUGAGCCCGCCCAUCGCGCUGGACAGCUGUCCAUCUCCCGACGACAUUCUGGACUUCCUGGACUGCUCGGCGUCCUCCUCGGUCCUGCCGCCGUCGUACUACUCGGCCGCGUCCUCGCACGCCGUCUCCUCCUCUCCCUCGCUGUCGUCCUCGUCCUCGUCUCCCAGCGUGGCCUCCUCGGCGUCGCUCUACUCCGCUGGCCUGCCUCUGCCCAUGGGCACGGGCGCCGGGUCCUCCUCCGUCUUCGUGCCCUCCUCCACCUCCUCCUCUGCUAACCUUCCCAUCCUGCCCUCCAAUCACGCCUUUCUGUCCUCCAGCAAUGUGUUCUCCUCCAACAGCAGCUCCUCCAUCCUCCCCCCGGCGCAUACUCUCCUCCCCUCCUCAGCUCACACCAACUCCUCCCACCUGGCCUCCUCCAAUCACUCGCUUAACCCCUCCCUCCUCUCUGGGGCCCACUCCCUCCCAUCCCCGCCUGACGCCUACCUCCUCUCCUCCGCCAAUCCCUCGCUCUUCUCCUCGUCCUCAUCCUCCUCAUCCUCCUCCUCUUCGUUGCCCAAUGGCCACUGCAGUAUGGACGCCUUGGACAUGUUGAGAUCUGCCGCUGGCGACCGCCAGUCUGUCAUCCAGCACAAGCCAGAGUGGGACGCCACUUAGCGUCCAGGCUGCUCACUCGUUUGGCUGACACUGUUCAUGCGCACAUCAGAACUGCUCCCCUGACCCCCCCCCCCCCCCCCCCUAAACACCUCCACCCCACCCACAUGCAGACACCGUGAGUCACUGUCGCCUCCCCAGGGCUGUCAAGUAGCGUUAUUGUUUCUGUUGUGUUUUUGUUCUGCAUCUAUAAGCUACUGUUAUGAAAUGGUGUUUUAUGUUUUUUUUUUUUGUUGUUGUUUAUUUGUUUUACUCUCUGAUGACCACAGUUGAUCUUGGCCGUGAAUGCCUAUUAUGGGCUUAUUCUCUGGGGGCAUGUUGCUGUGAAAAGUUUACCUCUGACAGAAACUUUUCUCUGCCCGUUUUCAGCAGAGGCACUAAUUUAUUCUGUACUCAGAAGCCAGAUUACAUUGAAGAAAACAUUCUUUACAACCUUCCAUGCAUCCAAGCAUAUUAAAUGUAAUCAGUAUGGUUGUAGAUCUGAUUGUAGAAAGUAUAGUUGGCUCAUCAAAAUGAAAUGCCCAGUGCAAAUUGUUGUCAAUUAUAGUGCCUCAACUACACUGUUUGGCCCUUCAUCUUCAGACUGUCGAUCAGUCACGUCACUCACGCAUGUAAGAAUACCCCUCUGCCUCUCAGAUCAAGUGCAACUGUCAGGCCAUCUGAACUAAAGAUCCAAAAUGGCUGAGGCCAUUAUAGUUGUUUGUUUGUGGCUAGAGCCUAUUGUUAUUCUUUUAUGUUUGUCAUGGGGAAGUUGGUUCUGAUCUUAGGAAAAAGAUCAAAAGAAAGAAAUGCCUUGUCCUAACAGUGCCUUUACAAAUGCUUAACAAAUGCAGUCUUUUAAACUGGUAUGUAUAUAUUUAUAUUGAGAGAAGUGGAAUAUUAUUAUUUAUUGUAAUGACUUAUGUUACUCUAAAGAAGAAAAGAAAAACCUUCCUCUCUUGAGCAGUGACCUGUGGUCAAACAUAGUCAUGCAACAUUUAGUCUGCUGUUUAUGGUUAUUAUUAUUGAUAUUAUAAUUGUUAAUUCAGAUGCUUUUAUUUUGCCCCACUCAGCAAGUCAGACUAUCCUCUUUCGUCCACAUCUUCCUUGACUGUGACCGCAGAGAGAGGAAGUGGCCAGUGCUGAAAAUGGACAGAUGGCCAUAAUGUGAGCCAGACGUUGUAAUAAAAGAAAUCUUGUCACUUGUACUGCUUGUUUAAGUAAUUUCUCAGGUAUAGUGUUGUCCUUUUUCUACAAGUCCAGACCAAUUGCUACCGUAUUUUAAUUCAAUUAGUUCUGGGAAGAUAUGUUUCGGAAAAUAAUCUACUCAUUCAGGGGAACCAGACCAUUUCGAUUACGUGAACCUCCCAAAUUGCGAAACAUGAGAACUGGUGAAAUCAGGUAUGUUUUCACUGUCUCACCUCCAAGUGGAAGUGGAAGCAAUACAGUGUCUUAUGAACAUUUCUCAAAUGUACCUAUAAGUUAUCAACGACUCAUCAAAAGUGCUUCAGUGAUUCAAGGAAUUGGUGUGUAUUUGUCUGACUACAGGUUUGAAUUGUUCUAUUUAAAUAUUUUUUAAAAAUGGGGUAAAAAAAGUUCAGUUGUUUAAAGGUCCUUACUGUAAGGUCAAUAGAUUGUGUCUUGUAUUCUUGUAUCCAAGUGGGAAGAAAGAAGUGUAUUAUUGUUCUUUGAUGUUGCUGUUCAUAUUAUUGUCAUCAUAACUAUAAUUGUUAUUUAUAUUCAAGGGAUAUUUUAGUAGGACUGUUAUUUUGAUUCUUUAAUCCUGUUUGAUAGCUCAACACGUUCUAAACCUCUUGUCAGGGUCCUGUCCCCCCACACUCUCCUCAGAAGUUAGUUGAAGCAUAUUUAACCUGCCACCAAAUAUAUUGCACUGCCACAUACUGCUGUACUGCAAUAUUGUAUGUUUUUUUUCUCUGACAUAUUUUAUGCACACUAAUCAGAAAUGAUCUCAUCUCCUCGUUGGGUUUAAUACCCCCUAGUAUCCAUUUUCUUCUGACACCAAAGCAUCAGCACAAAUAUCUUGCAAUGUUGAAACAGGCUUAAAUUACAUUGGCUGUUAACCAGAUACCAUUUCAAGUCACCACAAAAUCAUGUUAUCGAAUUCUCCCUACAAAGUUAAUCUCAGGAAGACCCAUGGGAUCAUUUGAGCAACAUGUUGAAUUAAUUACCAGGGCAAAAUGUGUGUCCUGCACUGCAAGGUUGACUACUAUUGUUUUACUUAAUAGAAGAACACAUUUGGUAAACUGACCUCUUCUACUGGUUCUGGAGACAAAAGAUUUAUUAACUUGGACACCAAAUCAGAUUCUGUUUUUUUUGUUUGUUUGUUUUUUAACUGGUAGUUUAGAGUAGAGGAGAAUUCUAUCUUGUGAAUUUGAUAUUGUUCCAAUGUCCUGUUGCAGAUGACAGCUCAUUGACAAUUCUGCUCCUGCUACAGUUUGUCAUAGCUGUGACUAUCAAACAAUUCAUUGUCCAUUUCAGCAGACUUUUGAGCAUUUUUAAAUGAAUUUGAGUUUUUUCCCCCCAGUGUUUUUGUUCAACACCAGAAAUCUGUAUUUCAAGAGUGAUUUUGUCACCCUGUGUGCUUUUUCAUAAAAUUGUCUAUACCCUUCCCUUUUAAAGAACUGAAAAAGUUCUUUGGUGAACACUUUGAUAAUAAAAACAGAACAUUUAUUGAAA